AUGAGUGAAGAAAUAGAUUAGCAUUUAGAGAUGCAGGAGACAAAUAUUAUGUUACUAUAACAAUUCGAUAAUGAGACUCAAAGUCAAGAAGCUAUGAGCCCGUAUCAAUUUUCGGAACAUUCAGAUCUGCCUUCACCUAAGAAAUAAUCUAGAAAGAAAGAAAAGAUACUGGAAAAACUGAUAUCAAACAGGGCAAAAUUUAACGAAAGAGCAGCACUUUUCAAUUUGAUCAAUUCGCUUUAGUUAGCAAUUACUCUAUACAAUUUGAGUUCAAUAAUAAAUAUUGAAGGAUAAUCGAACUUGAAGUUUUAUGAUAGUUCAUCAAUUUUCAGUUUUUAUAGAUGGAAUAAACAGGGAUUCACAGUAUAUUAUUUGAUAACAAUAUUGGUGAUGGUCCAUGUACUGAAAUUAUUAACAUGUUUAGUAGGGUAUUUUUGUGUUGUGCAGAAGAGUGAGUAGUUGUUAACAAUAUUUAUGAUGUUGACCUUUACUUGUGUGAUAACAAGGGGGAUAAUCACAAUAUUAUUAUUGAUUGAUUAUGGUUAAAUAUUGUAAACACAAUCAUAUGUUUAUGGGAAGGAAGAUAAAGUAGCUUAAUCUCAAACGAUCUAAUUUACAGUAGUAUUAGUGAUAUUUGUAGCUGUGGAAAUAGUGAUGGGAUUGCAGAGUUUAUUAUAUGCAGGACAAGCCAAAGAGAAAUAUAAAUAAAUGAGAGUGAAUGAAAAGAGGAUAGCCUAACAUUAUCAGAUUGCUUACUAAAUAACUUUAAGGUAAUUUCUGGCUUGA